AUGGGUAGACGAGGGAAUGGCCCUAAAAAUAACAAACAGAAAUUGGCUCCGGAAAAAGAGCGUUUUCUACAAUGUUGUUCGGACAUUACGCUAGAAUUGACUAGCUCUUUGACCUCAGCAUCAUCUCGAGAAAUCAACUUGAAUGGCCUGAUAACGAAGUACUCUAAGAAAUACAAGUUGAAACAACAGCCUCGUUUGACCGAUGUGAUCAACUCGAUUCCAGACCAGUAUAAAAAAUACCUGCUGCCGAAACUUAAGGCGAAGCCCGUCAGAACUGCCUCUGGUAUUGCUGUUGUGGCUGUUAUGUGUAAGCCCCAUCGUUGCCCACACAUAGCUUACACAGGUAACAUAUGUGUGUAUUGUCCCGGAGGACCAGACUCGGAUUUCGAAUACUCAACACAGUCGUACACUGGUUAUGAGCCGACAUCCAUGCGUGCCAUUAGAGCUCGUUACGACCCUUACGAACAAGCGAGAGGCCGUGUAGAGCAACUGAAGCAACUUGGCCAUUCAAUCGACAAGGUAGAGUAUAUUAUUAUGGGAGGAACGUUCAUGUCUUUGCCAAAGGACUACCGUGAAGACUUCAUUGUAAAGCUCCACAAUGCUCUUUCGGGUUUCAACGGUAACGACAUCGAUGAAGCCAUUCAGUAUUCACAACAAAGUUUGACCAAGUGUGUCGGAAUCACAAUCGAGACAAGGCCCGACUAUUGUACAAGGACGCAUCUGGAUGAUAUGUUGAAGUAUGGCUGCACGAGACUGGAAAUUGGUGUGCAAUCGCUUUAUGAAGAUGUGGCUCGUGAUACUAACCGUGGCCAUACUGUCCGCUCGGUUGCAGAAACCUUCUGUGUGGCUAAAGAUGCCGGCUAUAAAAUUGUAUCCCACAUGAUGCCCGAUCUGCCCAAUGUUGGAAUGGAAAGAGACAUUGAACAAUUCAAGGAAUACUUUGAAAAUCCUGCGUUCCGCACUGAUGGGUUGAAAAUUUACCCAACGCUAGUUAUUAGAGGGACAGGUCUGUACGAACUUUGGAAAACAGGUCGUUACAAGUCGUACAACGCGAACGCGCUGGUUGAUCUGGUGGCUAGAAUCAUGGCUCUCGUUCCACCUUGGACAAGAAUCUACCGUGUGCAAAGAGAUAUACCAAUGCCUUUAGUCACAUCUGGUGUAGACAACGGUAACUUGAGAGAAUUAGCAUUGGCCAGGAUGAAAGAUUUCGGAACUACCUGCCGGGAUGUUCGUACCAGAGAAGUAGGCAUCCAAGAGGUUCAUCAUAAAGUUCAUCCUGACCAGGUGGAGCUUAUUAGGAGAGAUUACUGUGCCAACGGUGGCUGGGAAACGUUUUUGUCCUAUGAAGAUCCGAAACAAGACAUUUUGAUCGGUCUGUUAAGGCUCAGAAAGGCUUCUAAAAAGUACACUUACAGAAAGGAGUUCACCUCGCAAAGAACGUCUAUUGUAAGAGAACUACACGUAUACGGAUCUGUGGUGCCCCUGCACUCUAGGGAUCCUCGUAAAUUCCAGCAUCAAGGUUUUGGUACGUUACUGAUGGAAGAGGCUGCUAGGAUAGCCAAAGAAGAGCAUGGAUCAGAAAAGAUAUCAGUAAUCUCAGGUGUAGGUGUUAGAAAUUACUACGCUAAACUGGGUUACGAACUUGAUGGGCCGUAUAUGUCUAAAAAGCUAUAG